AUGCCCGCCGAUGGCGAGUACGUGCCCGCCGAUGACGCAGAGACACACGACGCGCCCGGCCCCGAGAGCUACGACCCUUCCGUCCCCGCUCCCGGUGACUAUGAUGGGGAAGGGGACUACGACCCAUCGCGUCCCGCCGAAGGAGACUACGCGCCAGAAGACCCGGCGUACGACCCCUCCCGGCCUGCGGACGGAGAGUACGAGCAGCCUGAAGAAGGGCCGUACGACCCCUCGGGCCCCGCUGGCGGGGACUAUGCUUCAGCGCCUGCCGAGGAGGAAGGCGUGGUCGAGGGAGGGUACGAUGCGACCGCGCCAGAGGAGGGAUACGACGCGCCGCGCGAAGAUUCCGCACCGGCCAACGGCACGCCUGCGCCCGACGAGAUUCCCGCCGACACGGGCGCCGAGCCCAAAGUCCCCCUGCCCGAGGGCCUCACGGACGACUCGCCCAGUGUGGCACACAACUACGACCUUGUGCGGCAGUGGCGCCACGACCCCUCUGAUCAGGCACUCUUGUUGUGGCUGUUCAACUGGGCCGUCGACAGAUCAGAGGCUGCGGAUGCGCGUGCAUGGUACGCCGCGCUCGCUGUUGACAAUCCCACGGCCUCUGGGCCCAUGCUUGCGCUCAUAAAUCUCGAGCUGUCCUUGUCCAACUUCAAGGAAGUCGAGGAUCUCUUUUCAAAGGCCCUGAGCAGUGCAGACACACUCAAGGCUGCAGCUGACAUCAACAUAUGGAAGGCUUACCUCCACUACAUCCGGCGGCAGAACCCGACCGACGGGGCCGACGCCGAGGCUGCACGCACGACUGUUACGCAGGCGUACGAGUAUGCGCUCAAAGAGUGUGGGGUGGACCGCGAGAGCGGCGAGAUUUGGCAGGAGUACAUCACGUAUUUGGGCGAGAAUAAGACGCGCAAUCCCUGGGAGCAGCAGCAGAUUUCAGACAACAUCCGCAAGAUCUACCAGCGCGCGGUCGCGAUCCCGCUCAACAACGUCGAGGCAUUGUGGAAGAACUAUGACGCGUUCGAGAGCGCGCAGAGCAAGGUCGCUGCCAAGAAGUACCUUGCCGACCGCUCGCCCGCAUACAUGACGGCACGUACCGCGCUGCGCGAGUGCCGGCAGCACACCGACUCGCUGCCGCGGCCUGAGCUCCCCCCGUUCCCCAACUUUAGUGACGGCGAGCGCCGCGUCGUCGGUGCCUGGCGUAACUACAUCAAGUGGGAGGAGGGCAACCCGCUGCAGAGCGACGACGCGAGCCUCGUCGUGCAGCGCACCGAUUAUGCGCUGCACAAGUGCAUGGCACAGAUGCGCCACUUCCCCGAGCUGUGGCACUAUGCCGCGACAUACCACCUGAACGCCGGGCGGGCGGACGAGGGUGCGGCGUACCUCCGGGCCGGCGUCGCCGCGUGCCCCAAGAGCUUCCUCCUCUCCUUUGCCCUCGCUGAGCUUGAGGAAGACCGCAAGAACCAUGCCGAGUGCCACAAGAUCUUCGAGGCGCUCAUCUCGAGCGUCAACGCCGAGGUUGAUGAGCUGCAGGCGAGCGUUGCGGCCGAGGUGGAGCGCGCGCGUGGACCCGAGAUUCCAGCGCAGCCAGGGGAGAUGGACGGCGAGGAGAGCGACAUUGCGCGUAUGGUGCGCGAGCGCGACGAGCGCGGCAAGCGUGUCCAGGAACGGCGUGGGCGCGACAUUGACGCGGCCCGGACCGCCGCGGGCACCGCAUGGGUCAUGUACAUGCGUUUCGCGCGGCGCUCCGAGGGCCUCAAGGCUGCGCGUCUAGUCUUCGGCAAGGCGCGCAAGUCGCCCCACAUCACGUGGCACGUGUUCCAGGCUAGCGCACUCAUGGAGUACUACAGCAACAAGGACUCGUCUGUCGCCGUGCGCAUCUUCGAGCUCGGCGUGCGCCAGUUCUCCGACGAAGUCCCCUUCGUCAUCGGCUACCUCGAGUUCCUGCUGAGCAUCAACGAUGACACGAACGCGCGCGCGCUCUUCGAGCGCUCCGCACUCAAAAUCCCGCCCGCGCAAGCCCGCCCGCUCUGGGAGACCUGGGCCCGCUUCGAAUACAUGCACGGCGACCUGGCGGCCGUGCACAAGCUCGAGGCGCGCUGGGCGACCGCCUUCCCCUCCGACUCGCCGCUCAAGCGCUUCGCGCAGCGCCACACCUAUGCGGGCGUCGACGAGAUCGCGCUGCGCGACCUGGGCCUGCGCGCGCGCCAAGCCGGAGCGCCCGCCCUGGCUGCGCCAGCACGCACCGCCGCCCCCGUCCCGCCCGCUGCGCCCCGCCGCCCCCUGCCCCCACACAUGGCCCGCCCCCCC